AUGAUUCUAAUCUUACAUCACGAGCAAAAAUUAUUAGAUAGCAUUAAUAAUGAGUUGGAAAGCAAUGAAUUAGAUAAUGGAAGGGAGAAUGAAAUGGUGGAUGAAAUAGUAGAUGAGAUAGUUGAUGAAAUGGUGAAUGAAAUGACGGAUGAAAGAGUAUAUGAAAUGGUGGAUGAAAGCAUGGAUAUUUACGAAAGUGCAAAUGAAAGUGUAAACGAAAGGGUAAAUGAAA